CUCACAGAAGAAAUAGUAAUCCCUGUUGAAGCACCACCAUUUGCGUCACGGCACUGGCUGACAGACAAGCACACAUUUGCGCGUCAUUUUAACUGAACUUCAGAAGCCGAGUCAACACUCCGCCGAGAGAGAUAUCCAACACAGGGGGAUGCGAGGAGGCGUCAACCGCACUGAAGAUGGCUAAACUGUGGAUAUUGACGUUACUGUUAUUUGUUUAACCUUGAUGCUUGGAUAAUCAACUACUUUCCACACCUGCGAAACCGUUUUGGAUAGAUACCACCGGAGCUCUCUGCAGUGGGCUUGAAGAAGGAUUAAUAUUUAUUUAACUUUUCCACAUUUACCGUUACCCUUUGGAAUAGGAGCGCACGCGGGAGGAAAGGUUGCAUCGCAAGGCAAACGUGCUGCUUCUGAAGAGUGCUAAAGAAUGGCACUUUGGUACAAUAUUCUUGUACUUAGCAUAAUGAUAACGACUCAGGCUUAUGGAUCCGGUGUAUUCGAGCUUGAUCUUCAUGAGUUUAAGAACGAUUACAGUUUGCUGGCCAAUGGUUUGCCGUGUGGUCCGGAUUGUCGGACCUUUUUCCGAGUGUGCCUGAAGAACUACCAAAUGGUGGUGACCCCCGGUGAAUGCGUCUUCGGCAGCGAUAUCACGCCGGUGUUAGGGGCCAAGUCGUUCAGCGUCACGAAGAACGGCGGGGUCAAUAAACCAAUUCGAUUACCGAUCGACUUUAGAUGGCCGGGAUCCUUCUCUUUAAUCAUCGAAGCCUGGUAUGCUCCGACACAGGAAUUACCAUUAGAUACAUCGCACCCUGAGUUAUUGAUUAGCACUUUUUCCACCCAGAGAAAGUUGGAAGUAGGUGCCGAGUGGUCUCGGGAUUUUCUGACGUGGAAGCAGACGGAGCUAAGGUAUUCUUACCGGUUCAUCUGCAAUGAAAAUUACUACGGCGACAGUUGUUCCCAAAAAUGCACUCCCAGGGACGACCGUUUUGGCCACUACACCUGCGACCGUGACGGGCAAUUUUCCUGUCUCCCUGGCUGGAAUGGAAAAUACUGCGAAGAACCAAUCUGCCUUGAAGGAUGCAGCAAGGAAAAUGGAAACUGCUCGAAACCCGGAGAGUGUGACUGCCGGGAGGGCUGGCAGGGCAUCUUCUGUACCGAGUGUAAGAGACACCCUUCCUGCAAGCACGGCACCUGUCAGCAACCGUGGCAGUGCACCUGCCACGAGGGCUGGGGCGGGCUCCUUUGUGAUCAAGAUCUGAACUACUGCACCCACCACAAACCCUGCCGGAACGGGACGUGCAUGAACACGGGCCAGGGCAGCUACACGUGCACCUGCCACCCCGGCUUCACCGGCGUCAACUGCGAGCGCGAGGUGAAGGAGUGCGACAGCCACCCCUGCCUGAGCGGAGGCCUGUGCACGGACCAUGAGAGCGGGUACAGGUGCGAAUGCCCACAAGGGUACGAGGGCAACCAGUGUGAGACCCGGGUGCUGACGUGCGCGGAUUCGCCGUGUUUCCGCAACGGGCGCUGCCACGACAAGGACAACGGCAGAAGCUACGUGUGCGAGUGCCCGGCGGGCUUCACGGGCCUCAACUGUGAGAAGCGGGUGGACAAAUGCACAUCACUGCGCUGUGCCAACGGCGGGCUGUGUGUUUUCGACGGGAGCGUGAGAAGGUGUAGCUGUCGGUCAGGCUUCAGCGGCCUGCACUGCGAGAUCAACAUCAACGACUGCGCCAACAACCCCUGCUCCAUGGGCAGCACCUGCAAGGACAGCAUCAACGGCUACAUCUGCAUGUGCCCGCCCGGGUUCCAGGGCCGCAACUGCGAGCGCCUCACCGACGCGUGCAGCGCCCGACCCUGCCAGAACGGAGGAACCUGCAUGAAGGGGAUGGGGUGCGUGUGCCCGCACCCCUUCGGCGGGCCGCAGUGCGAGCUGUACGCGCCCAUCACCACCACGCCGAGCGCGGCGGGCCCCUACGACCACACGCCCUGGGCCGCCGUGCUGCUGGGCGUGGGCCUGGUGGCCAUCAUGGUGCUCCUCUGCAUGGUGUUCGUCGGGCUGCGCUACAUCCACAAGCAGAAGGCCCGCGAGCACCUGGACUCCACCGGCACCAAGAACAAUCUGUCGGACCUCCAGAAGGACAACCUCAUCUCGGCCAUGCAGCUGAAAAACAACAACAAGAAGGUGGACCUGGAAGUGGACUGUCCCAGGGAAAAGUUGAACUACAAACACAUCAACUACCACAAGGACUACAAGUCCGAAAUGGACUACAAGGAAGAGCGGUCGAGAGAGGACAAACACCACCACAACGAAAAAUCUUUAGAAGAGAAAAAGCCACUGGGCAGAAUAUAUAGAGAAAAGCCGGAAUGUAGAAUAUCAACAAUAUGCUCUUCAAGAGAUUCCAUGUACCAGUCUGUGUUCGUCAUUACUGAGGAGAGAAACGAGUGCGUCAUCGCAACGGAGGUAUAAAAUAUCAAGAUUAUCAAGAAGGACUAUCUUCUGGACUGUUUACAUAUAGAUGGGGUUUUUUUUUUUAUUUAAGUGUGACUUGCUGCUCUUGGAAACUUGAUGACUGGAGAGGGCCUGUGUACAGGCGAAUGCAAUAGGACUAUGUCUGAAUGUAAACACGUCAGAACUGACUGGAGGCGUGGAAAUAAUCAGAAUGCCGACGCUGUAGCUAAAGACUGAUGGCUUCGUCUGCUGUCCCUGCUCUCACUCGAGCACGUGCGCGAUGGACAUUUCAAAAGCCCCCCCACCCUCCAGGAGACAUACAAGACUGAUCUAUAUGUUUGUAAUCAUGGACAAAUAAUAUUUAAUUACUUCCAUUCAAAGUUCUUUUUUUUUUAUUUUAGUAAUAUGGCAAUCCCAUAAUCAAGAUCGUAGCUGCCUGCCCUGAAAGACCCCCCUGUCUUCUUCCAUUUCCCAACCGUAACUGAGUGCUAUGCAAGAGAAAAAAAGAGGACAUUUUACGAGAAACAUUCAUACCCGUAUAGAAUAAUAUUGGAGACAGUCCACUUUGUAGGCAGUCUUUGACUUUCUUAAAAUCAGCGUUUGUAAAAAAUUAGUACUGAGUACCUUUUGCUGAUGUCGGAUGUUUUGUAAAACAAAGUUUAUAUGCAUAAUCACAGAGCCUUAAACGUGGUUUCCAUGGAGACCUUAAUUAGUGCCCUGCUCUUUUGAGACCCUUGAACACUGCCACACCCACCCCUGCUACCAGGAACACAGAUGCAAUGGGCUGCAGUACUGAGGUGUCCAAAAGAGGGUCAUGUUUAUCACACCGUAUGCAAACCAAUGCCCAUGGGGACAAUGACCAAGAAGUGACUAUCAUACCAAGGAAGCCUAAAAAAAUGAGUUGAAAUUGCAGAACAAUUGAAGUUAUUUUAAAGAUUAGUAUUUCACUAGUUAUUUAAAUCUUAAGAAGCACUGAUCUUUUUAUGUUUUCUAAAUUUAUUUUGUAUAUACUGUAUAUUUAUGAAACCUGUACAUUCUGUAUUGUGUGACUGUUGACCAUCAAGAAAAGUUAAAUUUAUUUUUGUUGUUGUUGUUGUUACUGUUUAUUCAAAACAAUGAAAACAAAUCUGGUA